AUGGGGUGUGUAUCAAGUCAGCAAAAAACUGCAAAAUCAAGCAUCAGGCUCAAUCGAAAAUUUAUUGAACUCAAAUCCUUAGACUCAAAAAAAUUAUAUUUCAUUAAAACUCCAGAGUUAGAAAAAAAUAAAGACGAAGGUACUCAAAUCGGCAUUGAUCUUGAAGCAACAUUCAUGAACAAAGUCAUAAUUAAUAAAGAGCAUCACAAUUCAAUGCACUCUCAAAAAUUCCAGAUAAUUGGCACUAUAUAA